CGCUGUGGGAGUCGUAGCCGUCUCAAGUGCUGGCAAGUGAGAAGGAGAGAAUUUGCUCGAAAGGACCUUUCUUCGAAGUCUUAGGGCAGAGGAGCCGCGGCGAGGGGCUCGCUUCCGCCGACAGGGAAGCGCUGUGAGCGGGGAGGGACGGAAGGAGCGACAGGUGCCCCGCGCCCUUUCUCCAGGGAGGACGAAACCUCGAGGGCACUCGACUCAGGACCCAACGCGGUCGAGUGUCGAGCUCUGACGGAGGCAAACAACCCCGACAGGAAAGGGGCGGCUGAAGGGACGAGUCGAGUCGGAGCGCCGUUGUAACGUAACGAAUAAAUUUCCCGCGACUGCACACUGCCAGUGUUAAGAAAUCGCAAGGUUUCCAUUUUGCCCCUUAUUGCAACCACUGAGAGCCGCCAUGGUGUCUACCAAAGAACGCUGCGCUGUUUUCGGUCUUUUCAAGUCGAGUAUCACCGCCUUCCUAGUCAUUUAUGCCUUUCUUCCCGUCGCCGCUUCGCAAGACUGCUACACGCACUUCCAAGUCGACGGCAAUCCCUCGGUUGGCGUCGGCAAGAAUGUCUACGUGACGAAAUCCGACAUCUCCGAGACCCUGCCUACGGGGGACCUGCUGUACACGCUCACUUGGGACAACGGCGGCUCCCCGGGCACGCCCAGCAAUUCGCAGUUCACGGAGUAUUUCGAAUUCGACGCCAGUGAGCCGAAUUCGUGGAAAGUGAAGGUGAAGAAGUCGCUGGAAGGACUACCAGACUUCCCCGACAGCACGGAUAAUAUGGUAUGAACGUCGAGAUUCGGAUUCCCCAAACGUUGCAGUGCUCCGUCCAGAUCAGCCACGACUUGAGGGACGAGAACACCGCCGACCCACAGUUCGACGCCCCCUCCUACAGCGUGGCCAUCCGCGAGGACUACCCGAUCGAGUUCGACAUCGCCGAUCUGCAGAUAAAAGUGAGCGACUUUGACAAAGAUUCACCGAACAACCAGUUUGCCGUGGCGGUCGAGGGCAGCCAGUGUCCUCUGAAGGCCUCGCAAGACACCUACACAAGCGUAAAUGGCACACAGACCCUCGUCACACUCAGGCUGACCACUGAGUUAAAUUAUGAGGAACAACAGCAGCUCACGUGCACACUCAAGGCUCAGGACUUGGGCACUCCAGCCCGUACGGCCACUGCUGGUCUAACGGUCAACGUAGAGGAUCGCCCGGACGAACCGCCAGUUUUUGGGUACAAGUUCUACUAUUCGAUCCUUGAGAGCUCUAUGAACGGGGAGGUCCUUGAUGUCAAACCAGAGGCAAUCCUAGCUGAGAAUGUCGAAGGCACUGGCGUAACUUACUCUAUGGAGAACGCUCGCAGCGACGUUAACGGCUUGGAGUACUUCACCAUCGACAGCAGCAGCGGGGCGGUCAGUGUAAAGAAGGAUCUCGAAGACAGCUUCCUUGAACUCGAGAGAGUCAGUUUCAUCCUUAAGGCUGAAGCCACGACCGGCGGCAGCGGCGCAGAUUUCUCUGUGCUGGAGGUGACCCUGCCGCCCGUUCCCACUACCACCCGCGCCCACCACUACGCCACCACGACCACCCACCGCCACACCACUACCCCACUGAGGCGACGUGCCCCACCUGCACAUGCCCGACCACCGAGUCCCACGCCCUGGACCACCUCGCUGCCACGUGUCCACCUUGCACCACUGAGGCGGCCACGUGUGAGCCUUGCACCACCAGUACGCCUUGCCCGACCUUGCCCACGGGUGAGUCGACCGUCGCUGCCACGGAGUGCCCUACCUGUGCCCCGUCAACACUCUCUACCUGGCUGUCCACCCUUGCCAGCACCACCUCAUGCCCUCCCUGCCCCACCGCCGCCACGCCAGGUACCACUACAACCCCUCAUGAUACCGAGCCUACCUACACAUCAGAUGCUACCACGUGCCCACCUUGCCCCACCACAGCCAUGCCAGGCACAACCAUCACUCCUACAACUUGCCCAACGACAUGCCCCGAAUGCCCUUCAACGGAAGGACCUACAACAUGCCCCGAAUGUCCUUCCACAGAAACCCCUACAACAUGCCCCGAAUGCCCUACCACUUGCCCUUCAAC